AUGAGUACUUCACCAGAGGAUAUAGUCCCAUUAGCUGGGGAGUGGCCUGUGGAUCCUCAGGAAGAUGUGCCCAUCUCAGAGCAUCGUAUCUGGGUGGAUGGAUGUUUUGAUUUUAGCCAUCAUGGUCAUGCGGGAGCGAUGCUUCAGGCACGUAGAUUGGGAAAUGAGCUUUAUGUUGGUGUUCACUCCGAUGAAGCAAUUCUAGAGAACAAGGGACCUACUGUUAUGACAUUAAAAGAAAGGGUAGCUGCGGUGGAGGCAUGUCGUUGGGUAACCCGCUGUGUGCCCUUUGCUCCCUAUGUGACGUUUUUGCCAUGGGUCUCUCACUAUGGGUGCAAAUUUGUCGUCCAUGGUGACGAUAUUACUUCGGAUAGCAACGGGAAUGAUUGCUAUCGGUUUGUCAAGGCCGCUGGCCGUUUCCGGGUGGUCAAAAGGACCCCGGGUAUUUCGACAACUGAUCUAGUCGGCCGUAUGCUUUUAUGCACAAAAGGACACUUUGUAAAAAGCGUAAAAAGCACCCUUGCUGGCGACGAGGGAUCCGGGAACCAGGACGAGCGCAAGCAAUCAGCCACUUUCCUCAUGCACCAGAUCCGCGACUAUGCAACAGAUGAGAGUGGCCUUCGGCCUGGCCCUCCUGUUUGGAUUUGGACUGGUCCAAGCUCGGCGAAGCUGGACAACUCCGUCGAAGAAUCGGGCUCUUUCGAAGCGCUAGUGGAAGGAAAGUCAUCCAAACCAGGACAACGGAUUGUCUAUGUCGACGGAGGGUUUGACCUUUUCUCAUCCGGCCAUAUUGAAUUUCUUAGACAAGUCUUAUCCCACGAGGAGGUAGACGGUCGUCAGCGUAGCUGGUACGAUCCAGACCAGAGAAAAAAGCGACUCGACGAAUUCGGAGAAGACUAUGGUCCAGCUUACAUUGUUGCAGGUAUCCAUGACGACGAUGUGAUUAACUAUUGGAAAGGACUUAACUACCCUAUCAUGAACAUUUUUGAACGUGGGCUUUGUGUUCUACAGUGUCGCGUAAGUGACCCUCCUCUUCUUCUACAUCAAAAGACAUUUCCGUUGACUUCCCUAAAGUACAUACAUGCCGUUAUAUUCUCUGCCCCAUUUUCUCCAAGUGAACCUUACUUAAGAGCAAUGCCACUAGGCGUUCCGGACGUAGUUUACCAUGGCCCUACGACUUUUAUACCUCUCACCUAUGACCCAUACUCUGCUCCCAAAAGGAUGGGAAUAUUCAGAGAAACAAGCAACCAUCCCUUUCAAAAUGUUAAUGCUGGAGAGAUCGUUGGAAGAAUAUUGAAGAGCCGGGAGGCAUAUGAAGAAAGGCAACGUGCUAAGUUGCAGAAAGGUAUCGUUGAAGAUUUAGAGAAGGCUAAGGAAAAUGAACUAGACCGGUACUAG